AUGUCUUCAAAAGUCUAUUCUACUCAGAUCAUCCUAUGUGACGAUGCAGGCAACGAGAUUAUAGUCAGGCAGAAAGAAAUUCCUGAAGCCGACAGCCAUGAAAUGGCGAACACGACUCGUCAGCAACUCGUCGAUUUCUGGGCAUCAGGUCAGCCCAAUGGCGAAGAUGAGGAUGAAAUUAUGCAAUAUCCUACUUCUCAUACAGUCCAUGAGGUCACUAUGAAAGGUACAAGUCCAACUACUGAUGACUCCACAGGAACCAAGUCAAAGUUAAUUGACGUAACGAGGAUAUACUAUAUGACUGACCAGGGUGGAUAUCAUCUGGCUUCAUGUAAUCGUUACGAUUGUAUCGGUCAUCCAGAUCGAGUCAGUGCUCAAACGCAAGGUGACCCAGAAGGACCUUCUUGUAAUCCCAGUAUUGGGUCAAAAUGGUAUGACUUACCCGCUGAUCCAUUAGUAGAAAAGUUCAGUGGCAGCCCUCUAUACGAUUUGAUGAGUAAAGUAGAGAGGUCUCCAAGAGAUAAAUCAAAAUCAUCACCUAGAAAAACCAACCGACAGCCAGUUGAAAAUCGCAUCGAAUACAAUUCGAUCAUGAUCAGACCAGAUUUAACAAGUGAUUAUAUCCCUUUUUAUCCAUAUAGCGUACUGAGUCGAUAUCACUUACCUUCAUGUACCGACUCUCUGUGUCCUGGGUCGUCUGAUCCUGCCAAUGCGACUAGGAAGGGUGUAGAAGGUAUGAGUAGGUGUAGACCUGAUUUGAAAUACCAUUUCGAUCAUGCGAUAUCCCCUAGAGAUCAGGAUAUGACUCAAGAUCAAGACACAGAGACGUCUUUAUGGGAAUUGAAAGAAAAUUUGAAAAGGUUGGCUAUAUGUGAUGAAGAUGGUACUCUGGUUUUACCUGAAUAUCCUAUUGACCAAAAUCGACAACCACUAGAGAGAUCUAUCCGGUUGAAUGAACAAGGGUCAGUAAGAGGGUUCAGCUUUGGAGAUAGGAUGAACGAAAAUGGGUAUUCCAUACCGUUCCCCUCUCAUCGAAAAGAGGAGCAACAAUGGUAUCUUGCUGAUUUGGAUGAUGAUGAAAGAACACCAUCUUCACCUGUAGCUCACGAAUCAGUCAGAAGAGAGGUUUGUCCUCAAGAAAUAGAUGGGACCGAAAGAAAAGGAACGUAUAGCAGAGGCAAGUUCAGAAAUACUCACGGGGCAGUAUCGAGAUCAGUACCUCGUACGCCUACUUCUGGACUUGGGAGAGAUGAAGAUGGUCUAUUUACUACUAGCCCAUUUGAACGAGAAUCGGCUUCACAAAGCAAGUCAUACAAUCAUACGAUACAAAAUAGCGGUUAUACAUAUGUGAACCCUGCAGACUACCUUACAAAUACCAAGAAUGUUGAUGCUCAAUCGGGUGAACCGCGGAUAAGACGUUCAGGCGAUAGUUUACCUUCUUCCCCUAAUAGCUUUCAAGAUAGCAUAGGCACAUCUUUACCUCAAGCUCAGACUGAAAGUACGCCCGGAACUUAUUAUAGUCCCGAGAUGGGAUCUGGAAGGGGGAAGAGCGCAGACAAUAGAAGUGGCGCGAGGUACGACUCCAGACAAUCUCCUAGGGCUGGCAAGGGUUUGCGAAGGGUUAGAAAGAAGGAACAGAUGGGUUUGAGAUAG